AUGCCCAUGUCACUGAGAACGCGGAGGCAGAGGAGGAUGACGAGGGCGACAUGUCGGAAGGUGAAGAUGAGAUGUUCCCUGAAAGCGACGAGGAGACCCAGGAGGCUCACCUUUCAGAACGCCAAGUCCAAGUACCAGGCGCUGCUCAAAUCUCGGGGCACUGCGACGAAUCAGACCAGCAAAGAGGAUCGAAUCAAACAGGCCAAAGCCCGUUCAUACUGCUCAGCAUGCAAGCGUCGAGGCCAUUGGCAUCGAGACCCUGAGUGCCCACUCUACAAAGGGAACAAAGGUCCUGCUCAACCUGCUCAGGUAUCUCAUGUUUGUGAGGUCUUUCAUGCUGGGCGCGUCGAGAAUGCCGAGAUUGUUGCGAUCACCGACAGUGCCUGCAGCCGUUCUGUGGCUGGAAGUGAGUGGAUCAAGCGCCUUCGUGAGAAUGCAUUGGCCAAAGGCCAUCACUUUGAAGUAGUCCCACAACAUGAGCAAUUCAAGUUUGGUGGAGACAAACUGUUUCUGUCAAAGAAAGCUUGGUGUUUUUGGCUGAACAUAUGCGGAAAGUGGUUUAUUUUGAAGGUGUCUGAAUUAGAUACCGAUGUGCCUUUGCUUUUGAGCCGCCCAGCAUUGGCUCAGUUGGGCAUGCGAUACGAUUUGCCAGCCAACAUGGCAUCCUUUGGAGCACUCAAUUUGACUGAGGUGCCUUUGCAAACCACUUUGACCGGCCUCCCAGCUGUGCCGGUCGCUUCCAGUUCUAGCCCUGCCCCACGAUGGCCAAAGGGCAUCAAGUGGGACCUAGUUGAGAUCUUUGUACCGUCCGAGAAGGUGGCAUACAUGGUGCGUCAUGCGGGUGAUGUUGUGGAAGCCCCCAAGAAGUUGUUCUACCCCAAGAAGAUCGACCCUAUGGUGAUGUCCAAACCUGCCUCAGUAUGGAAGAUGCUGCGUGCGGAGCUUCUAGAAGCCUUGAUCGACAUGAACGUGAAGUACGACCCAAGCAUGACAGUGCCGGAGCUGAGGUCGAUCUACAUGGAGGCCCGUGGACCUCAAGGGAAAACUGGCUUGGGGUUGACAAAGUGCAGCGUCGACCAACUGAAAGAGCGGUGCUUGGAGGAGGGAUUGGAGAUACCACCAAAAGCCACACAGGGUCUUCUGAUGAGGAUGCUGCGCUACAGUAUGGAGACCACGGGAGACAGCGAGGUGACCUUCGGGCAGUACAAGAACUACUUGUUCAAGGAGGUGCCGAAGGACUACUUGGAGUGGGCCAUCACGGAAUGGAGCACGUCCAACCAGUGCAGCCCCGACCUGGCUCGUCUGGCUCGAUGGGCCGACCGUCAAAAGCAGGGAGUGGGCCGCGCUCAGGGCUACGGAGCCAAGUCCUCGAAGGACCCGGAGCUGACGGCAAAGACCAAACCACCCCCUGUGGUCCACAACGUUCGUCCUCGCGCACAGCCCAAGGAGAAGAACGUCACACCGGUGCGAAAGUCAAAGACAAGGCCUUUGGAGGAGUCCGACGAUUUCUCUAUGGUGUCUUCGGUGGGACGAGGAGAUCCACGAGCUGCAGGAACGCCUCAAGAUCCUACAGACCAUCAAGAUGGCAGAGGAUGCUGCAAAGAUCGCCGUGCCGAGGGAUGGAAGUUUGGAGAGCCAGUGAAAAUCAGUGACUAUGAGAAUGUGGACGUCUACGGCAAGAGCACUAACCUCAAGGAUGUGGGGGGAUCAUCACCGGCCUAUGUGACUGAGAAUAACAAGGUUUCAAACUAUGAGGUGGGCAGGGUUCCACACUAUGAGGAUGAGUAUAACCUGGCCGCUGAUGAGCCCUACGGCAAACAUGUCCCUGAGGCGAUGGAGUUCCAGCUCAUCUACGGUGGUGACUACAAGGCAACCCGGAAACUGUUAAAAGAUGAGAUGCGCCGCAAUUUCAAGAAGAACUUUGGUCGCUGUAUGGGCGUUUCCUUUGCACGCUCCUGCACUUCACUUCAUUCCCAAUGCUGA